AUGGAUAUGUACCAGACCCCAAACAUCAGCAUUCCCACAUUCCCUACUAUGGCAGAGAAUGACACUGCCUGGGACCUGGUCCAUGCUAUCCUCCCACCCUAUAUCUUCACCCUCAGUGUGGUGGGAAUUCUGGGAAAUGCCUUUGUUCUUGGUGUGUUCCUGCUUCAGAGGGCCAAGUGGAGCGUCCCGGAAAUUUACCUGGGCAACCUCGCACUGGCUGACCUUGUGAUGCUGGCCCUGUUGCCCUUCUGGGGCGUCAACGUGCUCAACGACUACAACUGGCCGUUUGGGGAAUUCAUGUGCAUUGUGGUCAGCCUCUCCCUCACCACCAACAUGUACACCAGCGUCUUCCUCCUCGCCAUGAUCAGCGUGGACCGCUACCUGGCCCUGGUGCAGACCAUGAAGGCCCGUUGGCUGCGGCGGACAUGCUACGCCAAGGCGAUCUGCGCCGUCCUGUGGGUCCUCGGCGUGGCCGUGUGCGCCCCUGUGCUGCCCCACAGGAAGCUGGAGUACGACCCCGAGUACCGCGUCAUGUCCUGCUUCCUCGACUACCCGCACGACUCCUGGAGGGUGGCUCACCACGUGCUGCUCAACCUGAUGGGCUUCGCCCUGCCUUUCCUGGCCAUUUCCUUCUGUAGCGUCAACGUGGUCAGAGCGCUGAACCAGAGGAGGGACAACGCGUGCAGCUCGGACCGGUCGGACAGGAAGGCCACGACACUGGUGUACGCCGUCACGCUCUUCUUCCUCGUCUGCUGGGGUCCGUUCCACCUGUUCACCUUCUUGGACGUGCUGUGCGACUUCCAGGUGUUGGAGGUGGCCGAAUGGCAGGAGGUGACGGCCAUCGGGAACCAGUUUGCGACGUACUUCGCCUUCCUGAACAGCAGUCUGAAUCCAGUGCUGUACGUCUGCACCGGGCAGUACUUCAGGAGGAAACUCAGCGAGAUCUAUCGCAGAUAUGAGCGCUCCAGAGGAUCGGACGUGACAACGCAGCGCUCAGUUGUGUCGACGCUUCUGCACAAAACGGAUCACAUCAGGCCUGUUGUCUUAUAAAGUUAUCAAGUGAGCAGGGCAUGAUGCGAGCUGGGUAGUUAGGGUGGGUUUUCAGGCCAAUAGGUGCACAGUGAAAAAUAACUUAAAGUUUAUUUCAAUCUGUGGGCCCUAAUUUGAAUGAUGGGCAAAGUGUAAACUUUUAUGUCUAAGUCUAACUGAAGCUAAUUUAAUAACGAGGCAAAAUCCAUUUGCUAAUGUAAAACCAUGAAAAAUAUCCAAAGCAUGAACAUCAAGCAUGCCUGUUAUUUAAAUUAGAUUCUUGUGACAAUUUACUCUUUAUUAACAAUGGACCCUUCUGUAA